AUGGCAUUUAGUAGAUUAUAUUUUAUAACUACUGGGUUACCCUUGCCCCGCUCAGCAACUAUCGAGUCAUUUCAAGCAGCGACAGACGGUGCGAUAGAACUACCGUGUGAUGUCACUCCCGCAUUACAUGGGGAUAGCAUGGGGCUCGUCAUUUGGUAUAAACAGGGACAUGACGCACCCAUAUACACAUUCGAUAUAAGGGAUGGAGUGACGUCACACUGGUCGGACCCUUCUACAUUGGCCACCCGAGCGACUUUCCGUCCACACACUACGCCAGCUGUACUACUUAUAACUAAGCUUAGGCCAGAAGAUAGCGGACAAUACAGAUGCAGAGUGGACUUCAUCAGAUCACCUACUAAGAAUACGAGACUGAAUCUAACUAUACUUAUACCUCCCGAACGUUUGGUGAUAUUGGACCAAACUGGCGAGGAGAUAGCAGGGAGCGCGCUGGGACCAUACGACGAAGGCACUGAAGUCAAUAUUACUUGUAUAGCUGUAGGCGGUCGACCUCCAGCCAGAGUGUCAUGGUGGAAGGCGCACGCGCUUCUUGCAAACUCUGAAGCACGUGCUACUGUGUCAUUAACAUUACAACGCGUGGACUUAGCUACGAUCGUCACUUGCCAGGCCGUGACAGACCCUUCAAUAACGCCACUAUCGAAAACCCUGUCGAUAGAUGUCAACUUACCUCCACUAUGGGUAAAAUUGCAAGGCGGUCCACGAAUCUUAGUAGCUGAAAAAACAACAGAGCUAGUUUGUACAGCUGUGGGAGCUCGUCCCACGCCCACGAUCUCCUGGUGGAAGAGUGGGACUAGACUUACCAGUAUUAAGGAUAUUCAAACGUCAGUAGAUGGCAAUAUAACGCGUAGUACGCUAAGUUUCGUACCAAGUAUCGAAGAUGCGGGUAGAAUGCUCUCAUGCAAAGCCAACCAGCCUGCCUUCCCACAUAAUACAUAUGAAGAUGGAUUCAAAUUGGAAAUUCAACAUUUGCCAGUAGUGAAAUUAGAGUUGGGAGCGAAUUUAAACGCAGAAAAUGUGAUAGAAGGCUCAGACGUGUAUUUGGAUUGUAUGGUGCGUGCUAACCCAUGGCAUACUCAUGUGUACUUUACCCAUAAGGGUUCUAGAAUUCGUGGAAGUUCAGGUAUUGUGGUGGCCAACCAAAGCCUGGUACUGCAACAUGUAUCGAGAGUAGCAGCGGGACCUUAUAUUUGCGUAGCCAGAAAUGCUCUAGGCGAGGGCUCUAGUGCAGCGCUAGAUUUGAACGUAAAGUACAGCCCUGCUUGUAAGACGGCGAAGACGGCGUCUCUUUACGUAGCCCGAGGAGAGACCGUGCAAAUAGACUGUGAACUUGAUUCUAAUCCCAUGGAUCCCAUGACUUACCAGUGGUGGUUCAACAACACAUCGCACUCCAAACUCGAGUUACAUUCUGAAGCGAACACGCAGAAUAAUCGCGGUAGAUACCAGUACACGGUGAACAGUUCGGCCGACUACGGGUGGGUGCAGUGCGCGGGCACCAACUCGGUGGGCCGGCAGCUGGCGCCGUGCCUCUUUCAUAUACUACCUGCUGAAAAACCGUCUCAACUAAAGCAUUGUGCAGUUACCAAUAUAACACAUGAGUCGUUGUGGCUUGAAUGUUCUCCGGGACACGAUGGUGGACUGCAUCAAAGUUUUUUAUUGCAGGUAUAUGAUGUAGCAACAGGCUCAUUGUUAAGAAAUUUAACAAGUGAAGAUCCUCAAUUCGUUAUAUGGGGACUAUCAGGUGCUGUAGGUCUGUCUGUCCGUGCAUUCAACCAGAAAGGACUAAGCGAACCUUUCACUAUCACUACUAGUUUAUUGAAAUAUCCACAAAGACAGACUGCAAAUAUUCCAGUGAAAGUAGAACUGACGACAGUUUUAAUAAUCGUACUGUGCACUGUUGCGGGUAUCGCAGCUAUCACUACAGUGUCCGCUAUUGUGUUUUGUUUUAAAUACUGUAACAGAAGUAAUGAUACAGACAAGAAAAACAAAAGGAAGCAGGACGAAAUAUCAAACACACCCCUAACUGGUGGAAAGCGCUCCGAAAGUGUUGACAGUUUGGAGAAAAAUCCCGACAUUAUUCCGAUCGAAAGCAAAAUUAGCGAAAAUUAUUCGAAAAAAGAUUAUUGUAUGAAACCCUUAAUACAAAAAAUGGAUGACCAAUACAAAACAAGUCGGCCAAUGUAUGGCCAAGGCUUGGCAGUACGCAUGCCAAGUAUGCAAGGCUUGGGCUUGGCAAGUGAUUAUGGACAUGAUAAAGUAUAUGAAAGUUGGCUGAAAUAUAAUAAUUCAAUACCAUUGAAUAGUGGUAUGCUACAAAUGGAGCGAACAUCAGAUAUCUAUCCAAUGUACGGUAAUAUACCAUCUAACAUAGAACCGAGUUCGCUCACGCACUGCAGGUCGCCUGUAAACAUCGAUAUGAGAAACAGUAGUGCGCAUUUCAGAAAUAUAAGAGGAUGUAGUACACUACCGCAUAGGAAAAGUGUAUCGUCUCAAGUAGAAGUGAAGCCAAUGAAACCUUUGCAAAUAACAAGCGAUACAACGUAUAGA